AUGGCCGACAUUGAGAUCCCCAAAGAGGAGGAGACUCCUAAGACUCCCUUCACUCCUAACCAGAAUGUCCGUACCAAUGGCCGUGCCUUCAAUUCUGCCAACUGGCGUACCAAGGGCGAUAGUCCCCAGGCCUCUCCUUCGCCGCGUACCAUUACUUCUCGUUCUGCCUUCAGUCGCCCAGGACCCCAUGUGCCUCAAGCUAUCUCGGAGGGUCGCCGUCUUUACGUGGGAAACAUGCCUUAUGCGGCCAAGUCGGAUGAUGUGGAGGCGCUGUUCACGGCAGCCCAGUAUCCAGUCGAGCGCAUUGAUAUUGCCAUUGAUCCUUUUACCGGCCGGAACCCCUCCUACUGCUUUGUCGAUCUGCAGACCAAAGAAGCGGCCGAACGGGCCAUGAUCGAGUUGGACGGCCACGAUAUGCUGGGUCGACCGGUCAGGAUCAAACCCGGUGUCACUAAGUCUGCCAGUGAACGAACUGAAGACCGAACGGGAGAACGGUCUGGCGAGCCGAGCCGAGGAGCUUCUAAUAACAUCAUCAGUGCCCGCUGGCGCGGUCCGGCGACCACCACCACCACCACCACCACCACUACGCCCCUCACCGAUUCCAGCCAGCGCGUGUAUGUUGGAGGCUUGCCCCGAGUGGCUGAACAGGAGACUGUCGAAAGCAACAUGAAGAAUUUCUUCUCAGAAUUCAGGGUUGAGGCUAUAAGCAAGCUUUUCGCUCCCCACCCCGCCAAGCGCUUCGAUCCCGGUGACCACUACUACCUGUUCGUCGAACUGAACACUGCCGAAGAAGCACAACGUGCCACGGAUACCCUGAACGGCCAGACUGGCCCGUGGGGAGGUUCGCUUCGUGUGAAUCGUGCGCGGGGACCUAGCCAAAGGCCUGGCGAGCGCAAAGAGGAGACCAUUGCAUGA